UCACGAGCCUCAAUCACCUGUUCCAGUGAGAAACAGGACUGAGAUCAAAAGGAGUGAGGCAGAGCAGCCCUCGGCUGGUUCUCCUCUCCUGCUCACCUGCCCGCCCUGGCCUCUGGGUCCGUCGCUGUCCUCUCCAGCUGUUCUUCCUUCCAGGCUAGGAGACUCAGCAGAAGGGUAAGAGUGGCCUGGCCCUGUGGGGAGCCCCAGAUAGGCCUGUGGCUGCUUUGGAUAACUACUGUGCCUGUCAACUCUCCUUGGUAGUCUAGGGUUCAAAGCCCAGGUCCAUUCUAGAAGUCUGCUUCCAAGCGCUAAGGAAACUUCAAUAGUUACUGGGAAAACCACAGGGGUCAAAGGUCCGUCGAGUUAUUUCCCGGAUCCGAGUUCGACGUCUUUUCCCCGCCGCUUGUGGUUAUUGUGACUGGACUUUGAGUUUUGGAACAGGUCACAUGGCUUUGAAAUCACCGUCAAUUCACCUGGUGCUGCUUUGGCUUCAGGCUCUUCCUUCUGCCUAGCUCCGUCCCACCCAGCGGCCCUCAGAGAAAGGAGGCAGCCAUCACCACACUGGGCUUUGGAGACACUGCGGGGACUGUAGACCCCACCCCGCUGCACGGAGCUCCUGCAAAAGCGAACCUGAGACCCUUGCAUACAGAUCCCUGCAAGAGGCAUCUGUCUCCAGUGGUCCAGCCUCUCAUUCCAAAUGAAAAGAAUCAAGUCAUAGGAAUUCAUGGGUCUGUGAGGAAUCGCUCCCACCUGUGCCCAGGAGAUUAACAAAGGCGAUGGCUGCAGCUCUGUGAGCAGUGGAGAAAAAUUAGGCACAACCUGAUAUCCUCCCACAGGAGCGGUCCUCCCAGUGCCCAGCCAUGGGGGAACUGUGCCGCAAGGACUCUGCGCUCACGGCGCUGGACGAGGAGACGUUGUGGGAGAUGAUGGAGAGUCACCGCCACAGGAUCGUGCGCUGCGUCUGCCCCAGCCGCCUCACCCCCUACCUGCGCCAGGCCAAGGUGCUGUGCCAGCUGGACGAGGAGGAGGUGCUGCACAGCCCCCGGCUCACCAACAGCGCCAUGCGGGCCGGGCACUUGCUGGAUUUGCUGAAGACUCGAGGGAAGAACGGGGCCAUCGCCUUCCUGGAGAGCCUGAAGUUCCACAACCCUGACGUCUAUACCCUGGUCACUGGGCUGCAGCCCGAUGUUGACUUCAGCAACUUUAGCGGUCUCAUGGAGACAUCCAAGCUGACCGAGUGCCUGGCUGGGGCCAUCAGCAGCCUGCAGGAGGAGCUGAACCAGGAGAAGGGGCAGAAGGAGGUGCUGCUGCGGCGGUGCCAGCAGCUGCAGGAGCGCCUGGGCCUGGCCGAGACCCGUGCUGAGGGCCUGCACCAGCUGGAGGCUGACCACAGCCGCAUGAAGCGUGAGGUUAGCGCACACUUCCAUGAGGUGCUGAGGCUGAAGGACGAGAUGCUCAGCCUCUCGCUGCACUACAGCAACGCGCUGCAGGAGAAGGAGCUGGCCGCCUCACGCUGCCGCAGCCUGCAGGAGGAGCUGUAUCUACUGAAGCAGGAGCUGCAGGGAGCCAACAUGGAUUCCUCCUGCGAGCUGGAACUGCAAGAGCAGUCCCUGAGGACGGCCAGCGACCAGGAGUCUGGGGACGAGGAGCUGAACCGCCUGAAGGAGGAGAAUGAGAAACUGCGCUCGCUGACUUUCAGCCUGGCGGAGAAGGACAUUCUGGAGCAGAGCCUGGACGAGGCGCGGGGGAGCCGACAGGAGCUGGUAGAGCGCAUCCACUCGCUGCGGGAGCGGGCCGUGGCCGCCGAGAGGCAGCGAGAGCAGUAUUGGGAAGAGAAGGAACAGACCCUGCUGCAGUUCCAGAAGAGUAAGAUGGCCUGCCAGCUCUACAGGGAGAAGGUGAACGCGCUGCAGGCCCAGGUGUGCGAGCUGCAGAAGGAGCGAGACCAGGCAUACUCCGCGAGGGACAGCGCUCAGAGGGAGAUUUCCCAGAGCCUGGUGGAGAAGGACUCCCUCCGCAGGCAGGUGUUCGAGCUGACGGACCAGGUCUGCGAGCUGCACACACAGCUCCGCCAGCUGCGGGCAGAGCCUCCGGGUGUGCUCAAGCAGGAAGCCAGGACCAGGGAGCCCUGUCCACGGGAGAAGCAGCGGCUGGUGCGGAUGCACGCCAUCUGCCCCAGAGAUGACAGCAACUGCAGCCUCAUCAGCUCCACAGAGUCUCAGCUCUGGUCGGACCUGAGUGCCACGUCCAGCCGCGAGCUGGUGGACAGCUUCCGCUCCAGCAGCCCCGCACCCCCCAGCCAGCAGUCCCUGUACAAGCGGGUGGCCGAGGACUUCGGGGAAGAACCCUGGUCUUUCAGCAGCUGCCUGGAGAUCCCGGAGGGAGACCCGGGAGCCCCGCCGGGAGCUAAGGUGGGCAACCCACACCUGGAUUAUGAGCUCCUAGACACGGCAGACCUUCCCCAGCUGGAAAGCAGCCUGCAGCCAGUCUCCCCUGGAAGGCUUGAUGUCUCGGAGAGCAGCGUCCUCAUGCGGCGGAGGCCAGCACGCAGGAUCCUGAGCCAGGUCACCGUGCUGGCGUUCCAGGGGCAUGCAUUGCUGGAGCAGAUCAGCGUCGUCGGCGGGAACCUCACGGGCAUCUUCAUCCACCGGGUCACCCCGGGCUCGGCAGCGGACCAGAUGGCCUUGCGCCCGGGCACCCAGAUCGUGAUGGUUGAUUACGAAGCCUCAGAGCCCUUGUUCAAGGCAGUCCUGGAGGACACGACCCUGGAGCAGGCCGUGGGGCUUCUCAGGAGGGUGGAUGGCUUCUGCUGCCUGUCUGUGAAGGUCAACACGGACGGUACACACACCACUCCUCUCGCGUACACAGCUGCCUGGCCAGUCUCCAUGACCCUUAAGUCCCUGGUGGCUCUGCACGCCCAGCAGCCAGGGUCCCCCCAGAGCCAGGAGAGGAUCAGCCAGGCUGUGCCCCAGGUCCCCGGGAGGCCCCCAAGCCAGCUGGAAACCUCCCACCCACUGACUCCAGUGCCAGAGCGGCUUCUGAGACUGGGAGGUUAUAAGAGGCUACUCCAAGACUUGGAGGCCAAAGUGGCGACCUCGGGGGACUCAUUCUACAUCCGGGUCAACCUGGCCAUGGAGGGCACGGCCAAGGGGGAGCUGCAGGUGCAUUGCAACGAGGUCCUGCAUGUCACUGACACCAUGUUCCAGGGCUGCGGCUGCUGGCAUGCCCACCACGUGAACCCUUACACCAUGAAGGAUACUGCCGCGCAUGGCACCAUCCCCAACUACUCUGGGGCUCAGCAGCAGCUCAUAACCCUCAUUCAGGACAUGACUCAGCAGUGCACCCGCAAGCCGUCUUCUGGGGGACCACAGAAGCUGGUCCGCAUCGUCAGUAUGGACAAAGCCAAGGCCAGCCCUCUGUGUUCGUCCUUUGACAGGGGCCAGUUGGACCCCAGCAGGAUGGAGGGCUCCAGCGCGUGCUUCUGGGCCGAGAGCUGCCUCACCCUGGUGCCCUACACCCUGGUGCGGCCCCAUCGACCCGCCCGGCCCCGGCCUGUGCUCUUCGUGCCCAGGGUGGUUGGGAAGAUCUUGAGCGAGAAACUGUGCCUCCUCCAAGGGUUUAAGAAGUGCCUGGCAGAGCACUUGAGCCAGGAGGAGUAUGAGGCCUGGAGCCAGAGAGGGGACAUCAUCCAGGAGGGAGAGGUGUCUGGGGGCCACUGCUGGGUGACCCGCCAUGCUGUGGAGUCCCUCAUGGAAAAGAACACCCACGCCCUCCUGGAUGUCCGGCUGGACAGUGUCUGCGCCCUGCACAGGAUGGACAUCUUCCCCAUCGUCAUCCACGUCUCUGUCAAUGAGAAGAUGGCAAAGAAGCUCAAGAAGGGCCUACAGCGGUUGGGCACCUCAGAGGAGCAGCUCCUGGAGGCCGCCAGGCAGGAGGAGGGAGACCUGGACCGGGCGCCCUGUCUAUACAGCAGCCUGGCUCCUGACGGCUGGAGCGACCUGGACGGCCUGCUCAGCUGUGUCCGCCAGGCCAUUGCCGACGAGCAGAAGAAGGUGGUGUGGACGGAACAGAGCCCCCGAUGAUGCACCGUGCCCCUUCCCAGGACUGUGGGGGCCUCUGUGUGCCUGUUAAUGCAGUCCUGUUCCUCAGCCCAGGCCCUCUUGGCACAGCUGUGGGCUCCUUGGCACAUGGAGGCCAGCUCUCCCCACUGGCUGGGGUCUAACCUUGAAGCCUCACCACGUGCAGGUCGCACACGGUGAAGCCACUCGUAACUGCACACUUUUCUGUGGAAACAUCUUCACCCUUCACCAGGCUUGGCAUGGUCUGAACUGGAAACCCUGAGAAUGUUUCUGCAGUGGGACAGGAGGGACAUCUUCCCAUGCCUUCCCUAGAACUGGAGGCCCCGGACCUCUCUGGAAAACCGCCUGUCUGCAGGCCCAAUUCAAAUCUAUGGGGGCUGCACUUCCCUUUUACAUUUUGAUGUGUCAAAGGCUUUUGGAGUGACCAAAAGCACAGAGGCAGCGGGUGGUCCCCAAGAUCGCUGCCACCCUUGCCCGGGGCAGAGGCACAAGCCCACAUAUGCUGUGACCCUGGCCACCUUUUCUCAGCUUCUGAGGCUGCGAUGCCUCAGGAACUCCAGUUUACAGAGACCAGUGUGUUUACUUUAAAUAAAGCCUCUGGGUGGUGGAGACGGUACUUUCAGUGGGUCUGUGCCCCGUGGCCUCUGCCCGUUCGGUGGAGGUGUCCCAGAGAAGCCUGGCACCAGUACCCCUGUACAAGGCCCAGCAGACUCUGCCUUCCCCUGACCUGGCUUUGCACCCCAGCCCUUCUUGGGCCAAACAUCUUUACUCCACCUUCAGGGCUUGGGGAGGACCCAGGUCCCUCAGCACCUGGCCUUGCCCGUGCCUCCUGGGGCUGUUGCAGACUGAAUGUCAUUUUGACAGCAGUGUCCAAGAAUCAGGAAGCCGUUCUAGAAUUCAGGUUGGUAUCAUCAUAAACAAGUGCAGAAAAAGAACUUCUGUAUAUUUUACUAAAAUAAAAAGCUUUUACAAUA